GACAAUCAUCUUGUUCCAAAUCCACCAUGUCCAAAGUGAAGCUCGAGAAUAUCAAAGCCUUGACGUUCUACAGCGGAGAGGUGACCAAUGCCCGAAGGAGCAGCCCAGUUCAGCAGCUUACUUGCGUUGGAAGGCCAUGCAAAAUAUAUCAGCCGGAGGUAGUGCGUUGUACCAAUAUCGGAGGACAUGGGACAGACGUGGAUUGGAAGUGUGAAGCAGAUUUACCAGAGGCGCUGAGGUUUGGCAGAGUACAGGUAUCUUGUGAAGGCUGGUCAAAGCCUGGUGAUUCUUACGUCCUUCAAAAUUCAUGCGGUUUAGAAUAUCGUCUGGUGGAAGUACCUCGGGUCCUUCGUGAUUCCGACUCUUCUUACUUUCCUCGGGGAACCCCGAAGACCAUUAACUGGUCAGCCAUCUUGUUUGCAAUCCCCUGGAUCGCGGCCUUGAUUUGGAUUCUGUACGGUCUAUGUUGGAAGAGGACUGAUCCAAACAAUCGUUCGCCGCGCAGGAGAACUGGACAAGCACCCGGACCUUCGGCUUCGAAUUGGUUCCCGGGAGGGUACGGCGACGAUAGGAUGGAUCCUCCUCCUCCGUAUUCCAGCAGUAAGCAUGAUGCCGCGCAAGGAUGGCGACCUGGAUUCUGGACUGGUGCAUUGGCCGGUGGACUUGCAGACCGUUACAUCUUCAACAACAACCGUCGCGACGAUACCUCGGGAGGUAGGCAAAGUCGACGAAUGUGGGACUGGGAACGUCCCGCUACAACAUCAAGGCAAACCGGAGAGAUCCGGCCCGUCCGGAGAUCUUGGACCUCUGCCACUGAGGAUCGAGGGGAGGGGUCAUCUAAUCUCGGAACGAUGAGGAGUAGUAGCGGAUUUGGAGGAUCAACUGUUCGAUGAAAAUGUUUUGAUAUGUACCAUACCCAAUAUAUGCUCGACAUGUACUUUACCUGAAGGAUCAAAACUUCCUAAAACUGUAGUUUUUUUUUCCUGCCAAUUCCCACAGUGGAGUGAUUGUUCUGUUUCAUUUCGGACGUGGUAACACAUAUUCUGUUCCCUAGAUAAUAUCGACAUUCCCCUUCCGAAGAUAGUACGUGCGCAACCUUUGUUUCGAUGACCUAGCUUCAUUACAAUGAUGUUUUUAUAGAACUA